AUGAUUCUUUCCAAUACUUCUUAUCUCUUCCCACACACUUUCUUCUUGGCUGGCAUUCCAGGACUGACUGCCGCACACAUUUGGAUCUCACUUCCGUUUUGCUUCAUGUUCUUCCUGUCAGUGUCUGGGAAUGGUGUUCUGCUCUUUCUUAUUCGAACAGAACGCUGCCUUCACCAGCCCAUGUUUUUCUUUCUUGCCAUGCUCUCCUUUGUCGACCUGGUUCUUUCCCUCUCCACUCUGCCCAAGAUGCUGGCCAUUUUCUGGUUUGGCGCUACAGCCAUCAGCUCCCACUCCUGUCUUUCCCAGAUGUUCUUCAUCCAUGCAUUCUCUGCCAUGGAGUCAGGAGUGCUAGUGGCCAUGGCCCUGGACCGCUUUGUGGCCAUCUGUAACCCACUGCGUUAUGCAACCAUUCUUACGCCAGUUGUUGUGGCCAAGAUUGGAGGCCUAGUGGUGCUGCGAGGUGUGGGGUUGACCAUCUCCUUUCCAAGCCUGGCCCAUCGGUUGCCCUAUUGUGGUUCCCACACAAUUGCCUAUACCUACUGUGAGCAUAUGGCGGUGGUGAAACUGGCCUGUGGGAACACCACUGUGGAUAACCUCUAUGCCUUUGCCGUGGCAAUCUUUCUUGGUGUGGGGGAUGUGGCCUUUAUUGCCUACACCUAUGGGCAGAUUGUGAGGACCGUAAUUAAUUUUCCUUCAUCCGAAGCACGUGCUAAAGCAGGCAGCACGUGUACUGCUCAUGUCUGUGUUAUCCUCUUCUUCUACGGCCCAGGCUUUCUUUCUGUGGUCAUGCAGCGCUUUGGCCCACCCACAGCCUCUGCUGCCAAGGUCAUCCUUGCAAAUCUCUACUUGCUCUUUCCCCCUGCGCUGGACCCCAUUAUCUAUGGGGUCAAGACCAAGCAGAUCCGGGAGCAACUGUUUAAAAUUCUAACCCCCAAGAGAAUUGAUCCCACCUGA